CCCCUAACAACGACCUUAACAACGUGUACACUAAUCCGGAUAUUACGGAAGUAAACACUAUCCGUCAUAGAAAAUUGUAAAUUAUGUCGAAACAAGAAAAGGAGCCUCCAAAUUUUGUUCAUCAAAAUGCAAUAUUAUGUGAAACUAUUCAUAAGGAACAAAGAACUUCAAAGUUAUACACAAAUUAUAGCGUAAAUCCAUUCAAGAAAAUUCAUGUAAUUACUGGUAAACCAAAUUCUUCCCAUGACACAGAAGAGGGAGAAGAAGAUGAGCAUUUUAAGAAAGUAAUAUCAAGAGCAAAUUUAGAACCUGUAAAGAAGUACACUUAUCCACAGACAGAGUCCCAGGAAGUUGGAUGGAUCACCAGACCUCUUAUUGAUAUAGAUAGAAAUGACAAAAGACUGCAAUUUUUCAGACAGAACACUCCAAUAACAAAAUACAUGGAUGCUGCUUGGCGAGUAAAGGAACAAACAGAGAAUUUGAACUGAUGUGAUAGAUAGUUAUAGCAUUUUCUUUUAUCAUAUUCUUUAUACAAUACAUCUGUGAUAACAUAAAUUGUUUAUUAUUUGCAGCCAAAAUAUCAUGCAUGUUUAAAUCUUAUGUACCUAUUAAUGUUAAAUUUGUAAACUUGGAAGAUUGAAAAAAAAGCUGACAUACGAGUCACAAUGAAUA